GAUCUGAAACGUGAUUCCUCGGUCGGUCUCUGCAGCCCUGCCCCAAAAUGAAAGGCCUGUAGCCGCUUCAACACACACAGAUCAGCCCUGGAGGUUUAACCGGAGCUCAGUCCCGGUUGUUCACCGUCAAAUUAACCAGGCAAACCCUCCGCGAGACCCGGGAACAGACUGACUUUGUUCGGGGACGAGACGCGUCGCUUUCGGCAUGCCUCUGCACAGCAUUUGGCCGUCACGUAGGAUGUUUUGUCGGAACUGAGGAAAGGUCGGCACGAUGGGCAACGAGGAUUGCCUAGAAGAUGUGUUUGUCGCCGUCAUCCGCCCAAAGAGUCAAGUCAGCCUGAGCUCAAAGGAGUACAGAGCCAAAGCCUAUGAGAUCCUGCUGAUUGAAGUGCCUUUGGAAGGGAAGGAGAAGAAAAGAAAGAAAGUCCUCCUGGCGACAAAGAUCCAAGCUGCAGGAGACAAAUCUAAAUCCAUAUUGGAUUAUGUUGACGAAACAAUCCGACCAAUAUCCAAUAAUCAAGGCUUCAUAGGAAAGCGAGUGGUGCACAUGAAGAAAUUUCCUCUCGAUGGAAUCAAUGAAGGGAAAGAGAUCUCACUGUUCGUUGUGCCAGUCAGUGUUAAAGACAAUAGCAAGCCUGUCUACAGCGCCGGGAGCCCCAGCUUCUACUGUUUCCAGGACAUCAUGCGGGUUUGCAGUGAGACCAGCGCUCACUUCUGCCCCAUCACCUCCAAGAUGCUCCUGGCCUUAGACAAAUGGUUAGCAGAGCAGCACACCAUACCUCACGCUAUCCCCGCCCUGUUCAGGCCGGCACCCGUAGAGCGGGUGAAGACCAACGUCAGCAACCCGGCCUACAACAGUGAGGGCAAGCUGAGUGACGAGGGUCUGCACAUGGGCUACACUGCUCUGGAGAUCAAGAGCAAGAUGAUGUCCCUGGAGAAGGCGGACAUGUGCAUCCUCAACCCACUGUACGGCUCAGAUCUGCAGUACACCAACCGGGUGGACAAAGUUAUUAUCAACCCAUACUUUGGGCUCGGAGCUCCGGACUACUCUAAGAUCCAGAUCCCCAACAGGGAAAAGUGGCAGCACGGCUCCAACUGUGUGACAGAAGACAAGGAGCGGCAGUGGGUGGACGACUUUCCUCUCCACCGCAGCGCCUGUGAAGGAGACACAGAGCUGCUCUCGAAGCUUCUGGACAGCGGUUUCUCAGUCAAGCAGCUGGACAGUGACCACUGGGCUCCUAUCCAUUAUGCCUGCUGGCACGGCAAAGUCGAGGCAACCAAGCUGCUGCUGGAGAAAGGUAACUGUAAUCCGAACCUGCUGAACGGUCAGCUCAGCUCCCCUCUGCACUUUGCAGCCAGAGGAGGUCACGCGGAGAUCGUGCAACUCCUGCUGCAGCACUCUGAGAUCGAUCGGCACAUGGAAGACCAGCAGAAGAGAUCACCUCUACAAGUGUGUGAGGAGAACAAGCAGAACGAAUGGGAGGAGACGAUGAAGCUUCUGCAGCAGGCCAGCAGCAAACCUUAUGAGAAGGUGCGCAUCUACCGCAUGGACGGCUCGUACCGCUCUGUGGAGCUGAAGCACGGCAACAACACCACGGUACAGCAGAUCAUGGAGGGCAUGCGUCUUUCUCAGGAGACCCAGCAGUACUUCACCAUCUGGAUCUGCUCCGAGAACCUCCACCUGCAGCUGAAGCCGUACCAUAAGCCCCUGCAGCACCUGCGGAUCUGGACUGAAAUCGUGACUGACCUGACGGUGCUGGAUCCUCAGAGGGAGACGCCUCAGCUAUUUCUCCGCAGGGAUGUCCGGCUGCCUCUUGAAAUCGAGAAAAAGGUGGAGGAUCCUCUGGCCAUCCUCAUCCUUUUCGAUGAGGCUCGUCACUGCCUCCUGAAGGGGUUCUUCCCUGCUCUGGACAGCAAGCUGAUCACUCUGGCCAGCCUCCUCCUGCAGAUCAUCUACGGCAACUACGAGAGCAAAAAGCACAAGCAAGGCUUCCUCAAUGAGGAAAACCUGAAAUCUAUUGUGCCGAUAUCAAAGGUGAAAAGCAAAGCGUACCACUGGACCAACAGGAUACUUCACGAAUACAAAGCCCUGAGCACCAGUGAGGGGCUGAGCAAAGAGAUGCACCACCUGCAGCGACUCUUCCUGCAGAACUGCUGGGACAUCCCAACCUACGGAGCGGCUUUCUUUACAGGCCAGGUCUACACCAAGGCCAGCGCCAGCAACCACAAAGUCAUCCGAGUGUACGUCGGGGUCAACACGAAGGGGCUGCACCUCAUGAAUAUGGAGACCAAGGUCCUUCUCAUCAGUUUAGAGUAUGGCACGUUCAUGUGGCAGCUUGGACACGCUGACCAGUACUUCCAGAUACACAGUGGUGACAACAAAAUGAACUUCAUUGUGCACACAAAACAGGCGGGCCUUAUUGUGAAGCUUUUAAUGAAGCUGAGUGGACAGAUGACUCCAAAUGAUAAAGCUGUAACAGAUAAAUACGCUUAUGGUUGAGAACUGCCGGAAGAAACCAACAGCUGCCAAACAUCCCUGUGCAGAUUCUUCUCACGCUGACUUUCAUCACCAGCUAUAAGGACAGAGAUCAGCCAGCUCCUCCACAUGUGGAAUAUUAGGCUCAACAUUAUCGUUCACAACUUCAAAAUGUGUAUUUUGACAGGUCAUACAUUUUCAUGUCAUGUAAAUAUAUUGAUUAUUUAAUUUGUUUUGUUUUAAUAAACUGCCUGAUGUAUGGAUGAA